UGCUUCUUUGAAUCAUUCUCCUAGGGAGCUCUCUCUACAAACGACCGGUGUUGGACUCGCAGUGUCGUCGUGGAUUUCUUAUACCCUUUUUCUCGAUCGGAAGCUUCCAAGUUUCAUCCAAGAUUACAAGCUAGAAAAGCUGGGAUGGCGGGAGAGGAUGGUAUUGAUAUGUCAGCUCUGAAGUCCGAAUUGACCGAAACUGAUAUUAAUUGGAAACAAGAAAUGGAAAAGAGCCAGUGCGAGGUGGAUGCAUUGCAAGCAAAACUUUUCGAGGUAAAAGAUUGCACAAAGGAUUCAGAAGAAGAUGGAAAGAAGGAGUUAGAUGUUCUCUGGCGAAGAGUCAGAACUGCUGCAACAUUGAUGACACACUUGAAAGUAAAAGCUAGAGUCCUUGCUGUUCCUCAUUUGGCCCAUAUGAUAUGUGGUAUCAAACAACUAGAUGGAACGGGACUUGUUGACAGAAAUGGCAUUCCAUUGCCGGGCUGGUCUAGGGAUGUAGAUCUACCCGCUUUUGAUGAUUCAGAUGAGGAAGCAUGGAUUAAACAUUCUAGUGAACAAGGUUCUCUCCAUGAUCAAGAUGGAGCUUAUAUUACUGAAUUACUGAGGUGUGUACAGACAGUUACAGACGUUAUGGAAAAUCUUGUUAAGAGGGUUAUACUGGCUGAAUCGGAGACUGCUGUUGAGAAGAAGAAGGUGACUGUAGGUGAGGAAGAGAUUAGAAAGAAGGCACUCGAAAUUGAAAACAUGUCUAUUAAGUUAGAAGAGAUGGAAAGAUUUGCAAUGGGUACAAACUGUAUCUUAAAUGAGAUGCGCCAGAGAGUUGAAGAUUUAGUUGAAGAAACAUCUCAACAGAGGCAAAGAGCUGCAGAAAAUGAGCAAGAGCUUUGUCGUGUUAAGCGAGACUUUGAAUCUCUGAAGACGUAUGUUAAUAGUCUUAUUAGUGUGAGAGAAACACUCCUCUCAUCAGAAAAGCAGUUUCAGACAAUUGAAAGGCUCUUUGAACGGCUGGUUGAGAAAACAACUCAGUUGGAGAGUGAGAAGAUGCAAAAAGAGGCCGAAGUACAGAAGCUUAUGGAAGAGAAUGUGAAGUUAACUGCUUUACUUGACAAGAAAGAGGCCCAACUCCUAGCAAUGAAUGAACAAUGCAAGGUUAUGGCACUGAGUGCUUCUAAUAUCUAGUUUGACAUGCUUAUACAGAUGCCAUCUUUAUCACAUUGACCUCACCUUAACACCUGUUAUCCUUCCAGAAGAUUAAGGUGAGUUUAGCAGAUGAAUUCUGUUUUGGCUUCUGUUCUUGACUACAAUCCAAGAGAACCCAUUGCCUGUAAUUGUGCUGUAUUGGCUCAUUGAGCGAAGUAAUCCCAUUAACUAGACACAAUUGUACUUAAAUCUAAUAGAAAAUGUUGUUGCAUCAAGUUUGGUUUCAAGUCA